GCAGCCUGCCGUAGUGUAUGGCAGUCGACUGAUUCGCCAAUGGUCACCCUUCCACUGAGAUAUCAAGUUGGAACCGAACCACAUCAUGCACCACGCUCUUGAGCUGCCCGAGCUCGUCGACGCCAUACUCACUUUCCUCGACCAGACAUCUAUAGCAGCCCUCGCACGCUCAUGUAGGGCGCUGCACGAAUCAGCCUCCGAUGCGCUCUACUAUGAGAUAUGGAAUGUCACUGAUCUCUUUGGAGGACUGGAUAGUAGCCUGUGGGCCAAGGAUGGAGAUGAGAACGUAUUGUCCCUCGCGCGCCCUUUCCAGCCCGAGGAUCACGAUGCCCUUCGACGCUUCACGUCUCGAGUCCGUGUUCUGCACGUUGCUAUCCCUAGACCAAGAUACUCUCGGUUCUCCGGGAUGGUGCACCAUAGCGUGCUCGACGCAGCCUCGUCCCACUGCAGUACUGCGCUGUUUCCAAGCCUCAAGUGUUUGCAUUUCAACUCUGGCGCUCUCCGGGCCAACAUUAUAGGGUGUUUGCCAGGCAUGGCGCUCCGUUACUUCCUCGGUCCAACCCUCUUCGAGGUCGACUUUCAGGGUCAACUUCCAGGUACCGCUAUACAGCUUCUCAGCGAGCACUGUCCGGCGCUCCGUUGCCUUAGCCUUCCCUAUAGCCUUCCAUCUCAAGCAGAUGGUACCGAGGCGGAGCUCUCUUUGGCGUUUUCUUCCUUGCAAGCCCUGAACUCCAUCUGUGUCGAAGCAUACCCCGAGAACCUCCCCGAGUGGCUACCUGCGAUAGCACGUUCGCCCUGUCUGCGUACCCUCACUCUCAACCUCGGAGGUGUUCAACACGCCGAACUACAGGGCGUUCCGCGAGUUGUCUUCCCCACUCUGGAAAGCCUUGAGCUCCAAGCGGAAAUCUCCUCGGAUAGUCACCGCCUACUCCAAACUGGGCCGUGCGACUUCAGCUCGGUGACACGGCUCGACGUGAAGGGUAUGCUAGCCAAGCCGGAUGACUUUACAAAGCUCGUCGAGGUGGUCUCUCGGACGCUAAAUCCUAAGCGCACGACUCGGAUCGCGAUCACAGACAUGUUUGUACCGCUCCGCAGGGGCGCCGGCGACAGACUCAGGACACCGCCGGUCGAAGACAUUCGCCCACUCAUGACCUUCGGAGGGCUGACGGAGCUCGUUCUUAGCACGCACCUCGUGCCCACCCUAGACGAUCAAAAGCUUGAAGAAGUUGCACUUGCCUUCCCUUGCAUCCGUAUCUUUCACUACUCCUGGAGACCACGCCGGGAUGAUGAUACCCCUUCUAUGAUUACGCUGAAAGGGUUAUCCAUGCUGUGUGCGAAAUGCAAACAGCUCGAAUCCCUCCAAUUGCUUGUCGACGCCCGAGUCGAUCAGAAUCCCCCAGCACACGAGAUUCGAACAAAAGCAGUGCCUGCUAUACAUGCAUGGGCCCUUUUUCUAGAUUCCUCGAGGAUUGACGACGUGGCGUAUACGGCAGCAUGUCUGAGGAUGCUAUUUCCGCGGCUUGUUAGGUUGGAAGGGCGGAGCAUCGGCGAUGGAAAUGAAACGCCGUUCUCAGCUAUGAAGGAUAUACUGUUUGGGGGCACGCCGAAGGCUGCUGUUUGAUGACGCCAAGGCAGUGUAUGCUCGAGGCCUAUUACGCGGUGUUGAAAGGGAUGGUCUAUCAGGCGCUCCGACGCGCUAAACGGUCUAGACCAUACUGUGGGUCCAUCUCAAAACGCGCACAUGGCAAUAUUGCUUGUUACUACCGUAUGUCUGCAAACAGCAUUCAGUCCUCCACGGGAUGCGCAAAGCAAUUGAUGCUGGCGGGAGCGUCCAACGUGCACAGCCACUUUAUGUUACCUUGUACUCAUUCGAUUGCGCAGGACAGGCUGGUACCUCACUAAACUUCACUUAAGGCUCAAAGAUGAAUGAAAAGCAUUUGUGAGAUUAGCGCGUGGUGCUGAUUUUAAC